AUGACGGUACCACCCCACGACGACGGAGCGGGGGACGUGUCGGGCUACCGCAACUCGCUCGAAGAGGCCGAAGCGCUCGACGCCAUCGAUCCGCUGCGACACUUUCUCGCCGCCUCUCCUUGCCCCGACGACCACGACAACGGCAACGGCGACGAUGACGAUGACGAUGGCAAGGACAUGCGCGACGUCAGGACGGCCACCGACUUUUCCAUUGUGCCCGUUCAGAGGGAUAGCAUCAUCAACCAGCGCGUGACGAUACGCUACUAUACCGACGCUUCGGUCGCGCCCAUCACCUUUGACCCCGCUUCACCGCCACCAGCGUCUCCAACGACGACGGCGACGGUGGAGGGAGAUGGGGAAGGGCAGCGUGGCAGGGCGUGGUACGAUGUGGUCCUCACGCUCGAUAUGACCGAGGGAUGCGGUGGCAAAAUCUGGCCCGCCGCAGAGGUCCUCGGCGCCUACAUCGCUUCCAAGCAUGCACCCGCUGCCUCCUCCUCCUCUUACUCCUCUGCUGAAUCGACGACGUCUUCGGGCUGGAAGGGAAAGACGGUGGUGGAGCUCGGGAGCGGGACGGGCUUGGUGGGCUUCCUGGUCGCCAAGAUGGGGUUGGGAUGCCGGGUCUGGGUGACGGACCAAAUACCGAUGCUGCCACUAAUGACGUCGAACCACGCCCUCAACCAGGCGGAAAUGGUCGAUCCUUGCCUCGUCGAAGAGCUAAACUGGGGCCAACCGCUACCCGCCACGGUGCCGCACAAGCCAGACGUGCUCCUCCUGGCCGACUGCGUCUACCUCGAAGUGGCCUUCCAGCCCCUCGUAGACACGAUGCUCGCCCUCUCGGGCCCAUCGACCGAGAUCCUGUUUUGCUACCAGAAGCGCAGAAAGGCCGAUAAGAGAUUCUUUAACCUCCUCAAACGCCACUUUACCUUUGCCGACGUCCAGGACGAUGAUGAGCAGAGGACGAGGGCGUACCGCAGGCAGGGGACGCAGCUGCUCCGCGUCGUCAAGAAGCAGACCAAGUAG